UCCUUAAGAUUUCAGUAAUUGGCUAGCUAAUUGAAAGUGGUCUUGGAGAAAACAGUCCCACAGCAACCUUGAGCUCUCAAUUUUUGAAUUUUCUAUUUCUUCCUUUAUUGUUUCCAUCUGUUUCAUCUGACAACAAUCACAGGUUUAAAAUGGAAGUUUCCUAUAAUUUAUAUUCAAGAUAUUGCUAUUUAGAACAUGUAACUAAUAGUAGGAAUGAUCUUUUCCAUUGAUAGGUAGCUACAGGUUAAAGAUGGUGUCCCUUCUCUCUUCCUGUCACUCAUUUUCUCCAUAACCUCAGAUACAUUUUUCAUAGUUUUUAUGAUAAUGAGCAUUCUCAUGUUACUGUGACAAGGCGUUCUGGGAAAAUGUCUAAAAUCUUUUACACAAAAGUUUCAUCAUUAAAAGCUAUGAAAAGAGGGUAUGUAUAUGUACCAUAGGUGCUUUUACCAUAAUUUCCCUCAUCUUUAUUUGAUUAAAAUCUCAACCUAAAAACUACAACAACUCAGAUAUCUUUAAGGAGUAGUUGUUUGUUUCACUUUGAGAAAGACCUCAAAGUGGGGCAUGAAGCGUGGCAGAGCGGAAGGAGAAGUUAAGAACUGAGCUGCUCUGCAGAAGGGGGUUUGAAGCAAAACCACAGAAGAGUUAGUGCCUGUGCACCUCACUGCACAAAGUCAUUCUAGCUUUUCCUCCUGUUCCUUUCCUCCAGCUCUCCUCUUUUUAUUUGUUUCUCAAGUGCCAUUCUGGUUGAGACCCUGAUCCAACUCUGAAGAACUCAAGGGCACAAGGGAAGCUUUUCCCAUCUCUGACAUAUUCAGGGAAUGAAGACAGUGUCUGCCAUGUUUGGAACGGGGAAAUUGUUUGGGGUCCUCCUCCUAAUCCUUCAUCUGGGCAUCUGUAGCAACCAUGGAAAGGAGUCAUGUGAAGUUCAACUUUAUGUUAAGAGACAUUUAGUACAUAAUGUCUUGGCAGGAGAUCAUUUUAAAAUGGAAUGCCCUGUGAAGUACUGUGCUAGCAGACCUAAUGUGACUUGGUGCAAGUUCAGGGGAACUGACUGUUUACCCCUUGACAAUAUACUUCCCUCACGCACAAGUUGGGAAACGAAGAAGAAUAUGUCCAUCUUUAGCCUUCAUUUUGAGCCAGUGCUUCCUAGAGACAAUGGGUCAUACCGUUGUUCUGUGAAUUUUUCUUCUCACUUCAUUAUGAGCCACUCAAUAGUCAUACAUGUGACAGCAUUGGCUAACAUUGCAGAUGUGACCAAUACUUCCGGACCACGCUCCACAGAAGAGAUGGCACACAGGGGAUGGCUGUUCCACAGUUUGCUUCCUGUGGGGGCAUUGCCACUACUCAUCAUUGCCUGUCUUUGCCUGAUCUGUGGCCUGAAAAGGUACCAAGGAAAACAAAAGAAGCCUUCAGAUACAGCAGGAAGGGAAAUUAACCUGGAUGGUGUUCCCCAGCCCCUUAGCAUCGAGCAAACUGAAAGGAGCACCAGGCAAAAUUCCAAAGCAGUUCCAUCAGAAAGUGCAAUUUAUAAUAAUGAUCCCCUCUUCAGGCGAUCAAAAGAGUCUGAAGCUUAUACUAAACGAGGACUGGAGGAAAAUAAACAGUGCAUUGUUUAUGCUUCCCUGAACCAUUCCAUUAUUGGGAGGAACACAAGGCAGACAAGAGAGGUGCAAGAAGCACCAACAGAAUACGCAUCCAUAUGUGUGAAGAAUUAAUUCUGUACCAGACACCCAUCAGCAAUCACUGCUGACUGACCAGCAAAUGAUCAUCAUUGUCUGACCUCUACAAGAUGUCAACUAACAGUCCUCAGUGUGUUGACUUCCAUGGUUCAUGGUGGUGGCUUGGGGUUCCCGUGUUCAUGCAGAAAUUUUCUUUGGGAAACAUUUAACAACGAAUCUGCUCUCCAAAACUAUUUCAUGUCAUGACUAGAAGAGGAAUAUUUAACAUUUAAAC